CAGCAGCUCUAAGUAAUCAUCCUUCCAAAUAUGUGGGUGCUUUAUCCGUGUUGUGAUCUGACAUGGUGUGACUUAAAUUACGCGCAAUGAACGUUCCAUGGGGUUUACUGACGGUUUUGAGUCUGGUGUGCAACACUGAGUCGAGGUGCUCACCGACCAGCUAUUACAAAAACUGCUGGAUUCGACGGUUCCCGGGUGUUUUCAUCGACAUCGAGGAAUCUCAAAGAAGAGGAGCGCAGCUGCUUAAGUUUUACCAAGAGGAGACCGCGCUGGAAUGUAGCCGCACAUGCUGCCUUACCAGAAAUUUUUCCUGUAAUCUGGCCAUAUUUCAUUAUGAAACCGCUCAAGAAAACGCGAACUGCUUCCACUUGCAUUGUCCCACACUGGAGAGCUGCAUCCUGAGUCUCAAAGGCAACGUUGUACUCUAUAAUGUCACAAAGGGUGUGGAUCCUGACCUGUUGGUGUUUGGAAAAUACUUCACAUCUAACGUCCGUGUGUUACCCCAUCACUAUGGUAGAGUCAACAUCUCCGAUCUGUUGCCUUCAGACAAGCGGCAGUUCAUCCAUCCACCUGCUGUGCUGCCUCUGACCUCUGUACCUUCAGGCAAACCCUCAACUUCAGCGAGAAGAGUGCACAGGACCACGACACAACAGAGCCCCUCUCAGCCUAAAACAGUUUCUACAACUGGAAAAACUCCACCAACCUCAGGAAACCAUGCACAGACAACAAGGCCGACCCCAUCUCCUACUUCUAGCUUUACUUCCCUUCAUCCCUCCACCAUUGUUACCACUUUUGGCCAUCAUGAGCCUGAGACGCCUCCUGCCUAUUCUAGCACAAACACAGAGCCUUCCUCAUCCAUGCCAACCCCUCAUCACACUACCACCCUCCCUCAGUUGGCCAACAGCCUUUCAACUGCCACAACUCUUAUGAGAGACACAGAAAGCAGCAAACAGGCCAAUGACACCAACAUCGGCUUAGGGAGGAACCACACUGCAGGCAGCGAGGGAGUCGGUGGUGAGGACCCCGUAGUGGAGCUGGGACCUGGCUGGCAUGUGGCUGCCCACACUUUAUUGGUUGCAGUUGUCAUUUGUGUCACAGUCCUGCUGAGCUGCUGCUGCUCUGUUCUGCUGGUGGUAAGCUGGAGGGGUCAGAGGAAGAGGAUGGGACGCUACCGUACGUCAUGGAGAGGGAAAAAAGCCUCCAUGCGCCUGAUUAAGUAUGUGCUGGUCAGAGAGAACCCCUGAACAGGGGGACAAGGAGAGAAUGAUGACAGGACGGACAUUUA